ACUUGGCUUGACUCAGCAAUUGCCUCCUUGAGAAAUAAUGGAAAACAACCCCAUCAUCCAAGACCUGAUUGAUAGCAGUGAACAUGACGAUGAUGAUUACUUGUGCUUCAAAGACGAAGACACUGACCAAUCCCAAUAUUGCAUGUAUGCUUUGAAUGCAAUACUAAGUGGCACAGCCCGCCUCAAUGUUCUUUUGCCCACGGCCACCAUUCUUUCCUUCACCAUUUUUGCUCCUCUCCUUACCAAUGAUGGCUUCUGCACCGCUUUCGACCGCUGGAUGAUGGGUUUCUUCAUUGCUCUUUUAUCAGCAUCGUGCAUCUUCUUUACAUUCACUGAUAGCUUCAAAACAGCAACUGGCAGGUUGUACUAUGGAGUGGCCACGUUUAGGGGCAUAUGGGCUUUCAAUGGUGGCCGGAAGAUGCCGUGUGUGCCGUCUGAUUAUAGGCUGAGAUGGGCUGAUCUCUUCCAUGCGUUGCUUUCGUUAAUAGCGUUUCUGACAUUUGCAGCUUCAAAUUAUGGUGUUAUGGGUUGCUAUUAUCCAGCAAUGCCUAGGAGGCUGACCAACACCCUUCCUCUUCUUGUUGGGUUUGUUGUUAGUGUUUUGUUUGUGUUGUUUCCUUCUAAGAGAAGAGGGAUUGGUUAUCCUUUCUUGCUGCUCAGGGAUGCUUUGUAUUCUAGAUAUUGAGAGGGACGGUGUUU